AUGAGAAUGACAACCCAGCUGAAAAAUGUUUUGACAAUGAUAGUGGCUGAUGAGACGAUUGAUCCCACGUCGGCAGAUGACAAUGAUAAUAUUGCGGAUUCUUUCCUAACGACGCUUAAUGAUACAUUCUCAAAUAUCAUUGGUAGUUUAAAUGAGUAUUCGGCAAAAAAAGAAGAUUAUCUAUCUGCAAAAGAUGAUAUUGCUGCAAAACGAGUUGAUGAAGAAUACGCGAAAAUUGUUAACAAAAAUGAAGCCAUCGAGGCUUGCUAUAAGAAUUUUCUGGAGACCAAUAAAAUUGAAUGGACGAAAAGAGAAGCGAUUUUCAAUCGGACGACUGAUUCAUUGAACGCGACGAUUGCGGAAUUGCGUGAAAAUACGAGCAAAAUUACUGAAGAAUUAACAGAAUUGAGAAAGGAGAAGGAAAAAUGUGAUAAAGAUCGAAAUGUCGCUGAAUAUACGACCGAUAUUUGCAAAGAAGAGCUGAAAAUUCUUCGUCCAAAGUUGAAAGAAGCCGAAAGUUUGAGAAAAAGUUUUGAAGCGCAACUUAAAGAAGCAAAUUUGGUUAACCAACAGUUGACUGAAGAAAUAGAAAUAGCGAAAAGUGAAACGAAUUAUGUGAAGUUGAACGAGGCGAAUCAAACGAUCCACGAACUUCGCGAAGAAAUUUCAAGACUGAAUCGAAAAAUCGAAGUAGUGGAAGCAUCGAAGGCAAAACUCGAAGAAGAUAUGAAAGAAUCUAGUGAGAAAAUUGGAGAUUUGUGGAAUCAAGUUCAGAAAUUGAUUGAUGAGAAGAAGCUUCUGGAAAAGGAUUAUGUUGAGCAAAUGACGCCUGUCGAGCCGCCGAAACAACAGUUGAAUAUUAAAAUAACCAGUAAUAAACGCGCCCGAAUUAAAACGGCGAACACAGCAUUGAAUGAACUGGAGAUUAUCGAGGAUGCUCUGCAUUGGUCCGUCUCACUAUUAACUAAUUUGAAAAGUUCGAGUGAUGAAACAGCUGCGGAAUUGGCAAAGUUUGUUGCAGAUCGAGAGAAUGCGUUCGAAAAAAUUGAGAGAUAUGUGCAUUUAAUUACGGAAAAUUCGGAAGCGGAGAAGAUCAACGAUAAAGUCGUCAAGACUUUCCUUCCGAAACCUCUUUCUCCGAGAUUGAUGUCUUUGAUUGAAUUGGACGUGAAGGAUGAGAUGAUAAAAAUGAGCCAGCGAAAGACGCGACCGAAUAAAAGCGGAUGGGAGCUGAGAGAUGCUGGUAAUGAAGACAAGGAGAUUGAGGCAUGUUUUUGUUUGGCUGAAUGGCAGCAGAAGAAAGCGGUGUGUCCGGUUUGCGAUUCGUCCCUUCCAAAUGAAACCAUUUUCCCGCUCCUUGUCUGA